AUGGCGGACGAACUGGACUUUCUUCAGUCGGGCUUCGACCUGAACUCCCUCACCGUCCCCCGUCUCCGCUCUAUCCUCGUCAAUCACGACAUUCCCUACCCUGCCUCGGCAAAAAAGGCCCAACUGAUUCGCAUCCUGGAAGAUGAGGUCCUCCCGCAAGCAAGAAAGCUCCUACGGGAUCGCGAGCGCGUGAGGAGGACGAGCGCCGGCAUCACCGAUAUGAGCAGCCGCUCCACUUCCGUCACCAGCGACGAUGACGAAGAACGCGACUCCAUGCCUCCACCACGGACGCCAUCGACGGUAGCAUCGACGACCCGACGCGGCACCGCACGACGAAGUACCCGCGCAUCGACCGCAGAUACUGAUGAAAAUCUGGCACCGGCUACACCUGCGACUGUCUCGAGGCGACGAAGCGCCGUUCCACGUUCAGUGGGUAAGCACCCACGUGCCUCCGACACGGAAACCGGCGACGACACUAUGGCUACUCCCGUUGUGGCUGUCAAUGUUUCGCCGCGUAAGUCUACGGCAAGGAAGAUACGGCGCAGCGAGGCGCCGGUCCUUCCUUCUACGGAGAUUUAUGAAACUACGCCUGUUAAGGCGGAGCCUCGGGAUGAAAAUCCCUUCACGGACGACAAUCCGUUUCAAAGCGGGAGUCCCUCUGAUAGCCUGCGGGGUAGGACUUCAAGUUACGAUGGGAAGCGAAAGAGUGGUGGGCGAUUAUCGACGGAUAGUCCGGUGAAGAGCGGCUUGCGGUCUAGGAAGUCAGCUACUCCUACCAAUUUCAAGCAGGAGAAUGCUAUCAAGGCCCCCACAAGAGCUUCGUUUGACUUUGCUUCUCGCUUGAAGCCUCCCCAGGAAGAAUCUGAGGAAUCUGAAGAGGAGGAAGAGGCGGAUUAUGAGGAGAACGAAGUUGGUAUCAGUGAAGAGUUCACUCCAGAAGAACAGCUUGCCAUGGAGACGGAGCAAUAUGCACCGCUCACACAAGUCCGUAAGCGCAAGCAGAAGCAGGGAUCCACUAGUCACAUUGCCUCAUGGCUCGUGAUUCUUGGUAUUCUUGGAAGCUUCGGUGCUUGGUGGCGCAAAGAAAAGAUUGAGAUUGGUUUUUGCGGUCUUGGAAAACCCACCUGGUCCAUAGCAGAGACUCAGGUCCCGGAAUGGGCCAAUGUUCUGGAGCCGCAUUGCGAGCCAUGCCCGCCUCAUGCCUUCUGCUAUCCGGAAUUCAAGGCUGUCUGCGAGCACGAUUUCCUCCUCAAGCCACACCCUCUGUCGUUGGGAGGGAUCAUUCCACUUCCACCAACCUGUGAAGCUGAUAGCGAAAAGGCGCGUCGUGUCAAGGCUGUCGCUGAUAAGGCCGUAGAAGAGCUUCGUGAUCGAAGGGCCAAGUGGGAAUGCGGUCAGCUCCAGGAAGAUGGCAAGGACGCAUCUCCUGAGAUCCCCGAACCCAAGCUCAAGGAAGAAGUUGCGAAGAUGCGCCGCAAGGGCCUCAGUGACACCGAGUUUGAUGACCUCUGGAAAGGAGCAAUUGGUGAGAUCCUUGAUAAGGACGAAAUCAUUAGCAAAACUGAGCAACCUUCCGCCGUCCUCGUCCUCACAUCAACAUCCACUGCCCGACUCCCACUCACUUGCGCCGCCCGCCGUUACGUCCGACUCGCUCUCCUCGCGUAUCGACUCCCUCUUUCACUUCUAGCUUUAGGUCUCGUGGCCUUGACCGACUCGCAACGCAAGCUGCACUCCACGCACGCGGGGGGAGCAAUGGAGCCUUACAUCCCAAUCGGCCAGAUGCGGGACGAUGUUCUCCGCUCCGAGCUGCAUGGGAAACGGCGUGAAGAACUAUGGCGCCGCGUGCAGCGCAUUGUCGAAGGUAACGCUAAUGUCCGAGCCGCCGUACGUGAAGGCCGUAGCGGCGAUGUUGCGCGGUCUUGGGAAUGGAUUGGCGGUAUAGGAGGUGUUGGCGUGACCGGCGGCGACCUCGAAGGUAGCGCCCGUCGUAGCAGUGCACGAUUUUCUUUACCUUCUCCUUCCGGUGAUGUCGAUGUGGGUCAACACACGCCUACCGAGAUCAAGGUGGAGUCUGCAGCAAGCCCGAGACAAUCACGCCGUUGGAACGAAGGCCGUGCAAUCUACUAA